AUGGCCGCCCAAUCCAAAGUCUCCCUCAUCGGGCUCCCCUCAAACCGCACAGUCCGCAACCUCGCCCUCCAACUCACCCAGCUCUACCUCCAAAACCGCACGCGCAUCUCCCGCGCCGUCUGGAUCACCCUCUUCGUCGCCCUCGCGAACCGCAUCCGCCGCGCCAUCUCGGACCAAAAAGCCGCUUCCGCGCGCGAGGCCGCCGCCCGCGAGUCCCGCGCCACCGUCGCCGCCCCUUCGGACGAGGACAUGACCAAGAAACGCAAAAAAGUCGAGCUCAACCGCGAGUUCUUCCGUUCCUUACUGCGCCUGCUCAAGAUUGUCAUACCGGGAUGGCGGAGCAAGGAGGCUAGGCUGCUCAUCAGCCAUUCCUUCUUCUUGGUUGUUAGGACGUUGAUUAGUCUCAAGGUUGCGGCCAUGGACGGCGCCAUUGUUAAGAGUUUGGUCAAGGGUAAUGGACGGGAGUUUUUGAUGCGCAUCGUGUGGUGGAUGUUGAUUGCUAUCCCUGCGACGUUUACAAACUCAAUGUUAUCCUACCACCAAGCGGAGCUAUCGCUCAAGUACCGGACGCGGUUGACGCAGCACAUCCACGACAAGUACCUCUCGAAGCUGACCUUUUACGGCAUCUCUGCCCUCGACGACCGGAUAAACAAUCCAGACCAGUUGAUUGCAGUCGAUGUCGCCAAAUUCUCAAACAGCUUGGCCGAGCUCUUCAGCAACCUCGCGAAACCCGUCUUGGAUAUGACAAUCUACACGCACUCGCUCUCACGAAGCGUAGGUGGCGAAGGCGUCGUCUCAAUGGCACUCCUCGUUCAGCUCUCCGCAAACGUAAUGCGCGCCCUCACCCCGCCCUUUGGCAAAUACGUCGCCGACGAGGCCCGGCUCGAAGGCGAGUUCCGCUUCCAGCACUCGCGCCUCAUCGACCACGCCGAAGAAGUCGCUCUCUACUCGGGCCACGAGGCCGAAAAGGACACCCUUGACAAGGGCUACUUCACUCUCAUCAAGCACGUAAACUACAUUCUCCGCCGGCGCUUCUACCACGGCUUUAUGGAGGACUUUGUCAUCAAGUACUUCUGGGGCGCCCUCGGCCUGCUGCUUUGCUCCGUCCCCGUCUUCGUCAAGAUGCCGGGGCACAUUGCCAUGAACAUGGGCGACCGCACCGAGAGCUUCGUCACCAACCGCCGCAUGCUACUGUCUGCCUCAGAUGCCUUUGGCCGCAUCAUGUUCUCGUACCGUGAGAUCAUGGAGUUGGCGGGUUACACCUCCCGUGUCGACUCCCUUCUCGAGACUAUGAACGACAUCCGCGCCGGCCGCUUUGAGAAGAAACUCGUCUCCAGCUCGGGCACCGAGAAUAACGAGGCCGUCCUCAAGGGCCGCGGUACCGUGGUCGAGAGCAAGGACAUUCAAUUCAUCAAUGUUCCCAUCAUCUCCCCCAACGGCGACGUCCUCAUCAAAGCCCUCUCCUUCUCCCUAAAACAAGGCGACCACCUCCUCGUAGUCGGCCCCAACGGCUGCGGCAAAUCCUCCCUCUUCCGCAUCCUCGGCGGCCUCUGGCCAGUCUACGGCGGCACCAUAACCUACCCAGACUCCCUCCGCCAGAUGCGCGCCAAGUCCGUCACAGACGCAGACCUCCUCUCCAUCCUCUCCCUCCUCGGCCUCGAGCACCUGCCCGAGCUCUACCCCGAGGGCUGGGACGCCGAGGCAGAGUGGCGCGACGUCCUCUCGGGCGGCCUGCAGCAGCGCGUCGCCAUGGCGCGGUUAUUCUACCACCGGCCCCGCUACGCUAUCCUCGACGAGUGUACCUCUAGCGUCACCCUCGAGACGGAGAAGGUCAUGUACGAUAACGCAAAGGCGCUCGGCAUCACCCUCAUGACCGUCAGCCAUCGUCGCAGUCUGUGGAAGUACCACAGCCGCAUUCUUCAGUUCGAUGGGCAGGGCAACUUUGUCUUCACCAAGCUCGACGCCGAUCGCCGACUGAAGCUCGAGGAUGAGAAGGAGGACCUUGAGGUCUUGCUGCGGCAGGUGCCUGAGAUUGAGAGGCGCAUUGCGGAGUUGACCGCCGCAUAG